AUGAUCGAGGUUGACUGGCGGCUGACCUUUAUCGACUUCAUCAAGGAGCACAAACUACCCCCCAGCAUCGACAAGAAGAGCGUCGCGGCUGCACGCAUCUUAAGGCAGAGCAAAGGGUACGUCCUAGUCAGAGACAACCUAUACAAGCAUGUAUCAGCAUCAGGCAUACUCAUGAAGUGUGUCCGCGCGGAGGAAUGCAAAGAAAUACUCCAGGAGAUCCACGAAGGCACGUGCGAGAACCACGCUGCUUCUCGCAUGCUAGUCAGGAAGUCUUUCAGAUCUGGGUUCUACAGGCCGACGGCUUUGGCAAACGUCGAAGAACUCGAAUUCUAUGAGCGCAGCGCCAUUGAGGUCAAGUAUGACUCAGUGGCUCACCCGCGGGCCAACAGCCAGGUUGAGCGCACCAACAGCAUGAUCCUUGAUGGACUGAAGAUAAGACUCUACGGCGAGAACAGCAAAAAGGGCGCCAAGUGGAUCCAUGAGAUCUCGUUAGUAGUCUAG